AUGAAAAGAAGAUAUGAGUAAAGGUUUCCAAAAUUUAAAUUUUAAGAGCCAGGGGAAACAUAUGGAUUAAUGCCAAGAAUUACUCCUAGUUCAAAUCUUAAAACUGAAAUCAUUUAAAACAACUCCACAGAAUAAAUUUAUCCGCAUUUAAAGAAGAGAAUUGCCAAUAGUUAAUCAAAAGAGAAAAGUGAUGAUUCAUGCAUUCUAAUUGGUAAUACAUUAAAGUCACUUGAGAGAAGAGUAAUGAAACCAAGGAUAUCCUAUUAACCAGAGAUCUCACCUAAUAAGUAGGUUAGACUCAGAAGCAAAUCCAUAAAAAAAUAACCGAAGUUUGAUGGGAUAUAUUAUGAAGGGGAGAAAUUUUGUUAAGAAUAGGACUUUUAAGAGAAAUAUGCAAACAUGAGAUAGUAUUAUAAUUAUGUCAAUAUAUCGAAUGGCUUAUUCAUAAAGCCUACAGUGAAUUACUAUAAGGCAAAUGUAUCAAAAAGCAACAAUGGAUAGCUAGUUAGGACUUUACUGAAAUAAAGAUGGUGGUGGUUAGUUGUGGAUAAUGAUAAGGAUAAUGUCAAUUUUCUAUGGGAAUCAGCAAGAAAUGACAAUUUCAUUAUUUCAAUGCCAUGUUCAGAAUAAGUAGACAGAAAUGAUAAUUUUAAUAUUUAAUAAGACUUUUUGGAUGCUCAAACAGAAUCCCAUCCUUAUGCAAAAAUACUACCGAAAAACUUAGUAAUCUAAAUGAAUCUCUAAGACAAGCAAAUUGGGAAAUAGGGCAAACUAUUAAAUUACGAACAAUGCUAGUAAUUUUGCAACAAUAUUAGAAUCUUUGAAAUUACUUCAACAACCAAAAUCCAUAAUCAUAUACAAAACAACACACAUCUAGGGUCUAAAAAGAACUUAUUUCUGAAUCUAAAGAAGUAUUAUGAAUUAAAUUCCUUAAAUGUAUUUGAGUUUCUUCCUUUAACUUAUCACAUUAAGAAUAAAUAUGAUUUAGAAAAUUACAUAAUCCAUAAUUUUGAUACCAAAAAAAUUUGGAUUGUCAAACCAGGAGAAUUAACCAAUAGAGGGCACGGAAUUUAAAUCUUUUAAAAUGUUAAUGAGGUUAACAUGUUUUUAAAAGGAAAUCAUUAACAUAGAAAUGGGUCAUCAAAAACAUUCAUCGUUUAACAAUACAUAACUAACCCGUUGUUAUAUAAUCAAAGAAAAUUUGAUAUCAGAUGCUUUAUUCUAUUUACAGGAAUCAAUGGCCGAUAAAAAGGAUACUGGUACUAAGAUGGUUACAUAAGAACUUCAUCUAAAGAGUUUAAUUUAAAUAAUUUGUAGAACAAAAUGAUACAUUUAACAAAUGAUGCUGUUUAAAAAUAUUCUGAAGACUAUGGUAAAUUUGAAAAAGGUAAUAAAAUAUCCUUUGAAGAAUUCAAGAAAUACAUAACACCUGAAAAAUUCAAUUUAGUAUAUUAGAAAAUGAAAUAAAUUGCAUUAGAUUAGUUUAAGGCUGCUGCUGAACUAUUAGAUCCAUUAAAGAGAGAAAAUACAUUUGAACUAUUUGGAUUAGAUUUCAUGAUCGAUGAAUCAUAUAAUACUUGGUUAAUUGAAACUAACACAAACCCUUGUUUAGAAUAAACAGGUCCACUUUUGACAGGUUUCAUGCCAUAGUUGAUUGACAAUCUACUCAAACUUGUGAUUGAUCCCUUGUAUCCUCCUCCCUAAUUUUACUCUGCUAAGAAAUUUGUUUAUGAAUGUUUGGAUAAUAAAUUCGAACUUAUAUAUGAUUCUUCAAAAUUGAAAUUAAAUAGAAAAAAUGUAAUUAUUGAUAAUGAAUUAUGA